ACCACUUUUCUAAUUAUUAAGUUAUUGUGAUUUCACUGUAUUUUACGUAAAUUCACAAUUCCAUUCCAUUGCAAAUACAAAAUUCUAUUUUGUUUAGUCCUUCAUCAGUUGUUAAUUUCAUUAUUAUUCUUUUAUUAGUCUAUAUAAAAAACAAAUAGCAAAAAUCGUCUGUAUUUACAAUUCGUAUGUUAAAUGUUGAUGUUGCAGUAUGUAUUAAAUUUUUGAUCUGGAAACCAUAAAUUUACUAUUUCGAUGUGGUUUGUAAAAAAAUCUAAUUCCUAUUUUAUUAAAAUUGGUUGAUAUAUGACGAUUAUGGAUAUGAGGACUUUCAGUGAACUAGUAUAUGAUGAAUAUGCUAUCGCGGAACUUGUUCCUGACCAUAUACUGGAAAAUAUUUUUUCAUAUCUUAAUCUGAGAGAUCUUUUACAUUGUUCACUAGUGUGCAAGAGCUGGUAUAGAAUUCUCAAUGACGAAAAUAAUGAUGUAUGGAGAUUACAAUGUGUUAAAAGAUUGGCUACAGAAAUACUGAAAUCUGACUUACUUUCUACAGUAAAUACUUAUAAAUCAAAACUAAGGGCAUUCUUCCAUGCUUGGAAUUCACAUGAUUGCUCAAGAAAUAUAUAUGUCAAACCGAAUGGAUUCACUCUACACAGAAAUCCUGUAGCACAGAGUACUGAUGCAUGUAGAGGGAAGAUUGGAUUUUAUUAUGGUCGCCAUGCCUGGGAAGUAAUAUGGGAAGGGCCUUUAGGCACAGUUGCUGUAGUAGGUAUAUCAACAAAAGAGUCUCAACUUCAAUGCCAAGGAUAUGUUGGGUUACUAGGCUCAGAUGAACAAAGUUGGGGAUGGAAUUUAGUUGACAACCACCUGUUGCAUAAUGGGGAUACACAAGGACAUUAUCCACUUUUAAAUAAUUGCCCUAAAUACCAAGUUGGUGAACGUAUUAGAGUGAUAUUGGAUUGUGAGGAGAAUACUUUAUCAUUUGAAAAAAACUUCGAAUUUUUAGGAGUUGCUUUCAAAGGCCUUCCAAACGAGAAAUUAUAUCCCACAGUGUCUGCUGUCUAUGGAAAUACUGAAGUAUCUAUGGUCUAUUUAGGACCACCAGUGGAUGGCUGAUAGUAAAUGGUGUCU